GCCAUUUUUCCCAUGGACGUUUCCCCCUUUCGGCUGCUGACGAAGUGACAGGAGAAAAUGCUGAGGUGCCGCCAAGCAGCUCCCGCUGCCGGCCGAAGGGGGCUGGGUGGGCACCGGGUGUCUCCUCUGAGCAGGAGCGGCAGCGUCUCCGGCAGCCUUGCUAGGGAGGCGAGUUGAGCAGCGCGGCUCGGCUGUGCGUGAGCGCCCAUCGGAGAGCGAGACGGACUGCAGUUGGCACCGAUUCCCUGAAAACGCCGAAGGGAGAACCAGGCAUCAGAAAUGAUGUGCGAAGUGAUGCCAACGAUAAAUGAGGACACCCCCAUGAGUCAAAGGGGGUCCCAGAGCAGUGGGUCGGACUCGGAUUCUCACUUUGAGCAGCUAAUGGUGAACAUGCUGGAUGAAAGGGAUCGUCUCCUUGACACACUUCGGGAGACGCAGGAAAGUCUGUCUCUUGCACAGCAACGGCUUCAGGAUGUCAUUUAUGAUAGAGAUUCUCUCCAGCGACAGCUCAAUUCUGCACUUCCCCAGAUGACGGUUGCUGCUGGUACGAGCAUUGAGAAUAACAUUCAAAGGACCAUAUCCUGCCCUAAUGAAUUUGCUGCACUUACAAAAGAGCUAAAUGCAUGCAGGGAACAAUUAUUGGAAAAGGAAGAAGAAAUUUCAGAACUAAAAGCUGAAAGGAAUAACACAAGACUGUUACUGGAACAUUUGGAGUGCCUUGUUUCGAGACAUGAAAGGUCACUGAGGAUGACAGUGGUGAAACGACAAGCACAGUCCCCCUCUGGAGUUUCCAGUGAAGUUGAGGUUCUGAAAGCUUUAAAAUCUUUGUUUGAACAUCACAAGGCUUUAGAUGAAAAGGUAAGGGAACGACUGAGGGUUUCUUUAGAACGAGUCUCAGCACUUGAAGAGGAACUAGCAGCUGCUAAUCAGGAGAUUAUAGCUUUGCGUGAGCAAAAUGCACACAUUCAAAGGAAAAUUGCAUCAGGAGAGGGACCUUCUGACUCAGAGCAUAUCAAAGGACUGGAGCCUGGACAAAAAGUUCAUGAAAAGCGACUAUCGAAUGGCUCUAUAGACUCAAAUGAUGAGACCAGUCAGCUGGUGGAACUGCAGGAGCUUCUUGAAAAGCAAAAUUAUGAAAUGGCACAGAUGAAGGAACGCUUGGCUGGACUGUCCUCCAGAGUUGGAGAAGUAGAGCAAGAUGCAGAGUCAGCUAGGAAGGAUCUCAUUAAAACUGAAGAAAUGAACAGCAAAUAUCAAAGGGACAUUAGAGAGGCUAUGGCACAAAAAGAAGACAUGGAAGAAAGAAUUACUACCCUUGAGAAGCGUUACCUAAGUGCACAGAGGGAAUCUACCUCCAUCCAUGAUAUGAAUGAUAAGUUGGAAAAUGAACUUGCAAACAAGGAGGCCCUCCUGCGUCAGAUGGAAGAUAAAAACAGACAACUACAAGAACGACUUGAACUAGCUGAGCAAAAACUGCAACAAACAAUGAGAAAAGCUGAGACGUUGCCUGAAGUGGAAGCUGAACUGGCUCAGAGAAUUGCAGCACUGACUAAGUCUGAUCCAACCUCUUCUACCUCAUCUGAUGAUUAUCAAUAUGUUAUGGAAGCUAAACUACAAGAAAUGAUCUCCAUACGUAGGAAGGCGGAAGAAAGACAUGGCAACAUUGAAGAGCGCAUGAGACACUUGGAAACUCAACUGGAAGAGAAAAAUCAAGAGCUUCAAAGAGCCAGGCAAAGAGAAAAAAUGAAUGAAGAGCAUAACAAAAGAUUAUCAGAUACUGUGGACAGGCUUUUGACAGAAUCUAAUGAGCGGCUGCAGUUACACUUAAAAGAGAGAAUGGCAGCAUUGGAAGAGAAGAAUGUUUUAAUACAGGAAUCAGAAAGCUUUAGGAAAAACUUGGAAGAAUCCUUACAUGAUAAGGAAAGAUUGGCAGACGAAAUAGACAAACUGAGAGUUGAACUUGACCAGAUGAAAAUAAGAGCAGGUGCUUUAAUUGAUCCCACAUUAUCAAGACCACAUCUUGAUUCAUCAGCAGAAUUAAGGUAUUCUGUGGGCUCACUGGUUGAUAGUCAACCGGAUUAUAGAUCUACUAAAGUGAUAAGAAGACCGAGAAGAGGCCGUAUGGGAAUCCGGAGAGAUGAACCAAAGGUGAAGUCCCUUGGAGAUCAUGAGUGGAACAGAAGUCAACCAAUUGGAGUCCUAAGCAGCCAUCAAUUUGAGAGUGACACUGAAAUGUCUGAUAUUGAUGAUGAUGAUCGAGAUACGAUUUUUAGCUCCAUGGACCUUUUGUCACCAAGUGGACAUUCGGAUGCACAAACUCUUGCUAUGAUGCUUCAAGAGCAAUUGGAUGCAAUCAACAAAGAAAUCAGAUUAAUUCAAGAGGAAAAAGAAUCAACAGAAUUGCGUGCUGAAGAAAUAGAAAACAGAGUGGCCAGCGUGAGCCUAGAAGGCUUAAAUUUGGCCAGGGUACAUCCUGGUACAUCUAUAACUGGAUCAAUUACAGCCUCCUCACUUGCAAGCUCAUCUCCUCCUAGUGGGCACUCAACUCCCAAACUCACUCCCCGAAGCCCAGCCCGGGAGAUGGAUCGGAUGGGUGUCAUGACAUUGCCAAGUGAUCUCAGGAAGCAUCGGAGAAAGAUUGCAAUAGUUGAUGAAGAUGGACAUGAAGACAAAGCGACAAUAAAAUGUGAAACCUCCCCUCCUCCAACACCUAGAGCCAUUAGAAUGACACAUACUCUGCCUUCUUCUUACCACAAUGAUGCCAGAAGUAGCUUGCCUGCAUCCUUGGAACCAGAAAGCAUUGGUCUUGGCAGUGUCAGUAGCAGCCAGGAUUCCCUACACAAAGCUCCCAAGAAGAAAGGAAUCAAGUCUUCAAUAGGACGUUUGUUCGGUAAAAAAGAGAAGGCUCGACUUGGACAGCUCAGAGGUUACAUGGAAACAGAAGCUGCAGCACAGGAUUCUCUGGGAUUAGGCAAACUCGGAACACAGGCGGAGAAAGACCGAAGACUAAAGAAAAAGCAUGAACUUCUGGAGGAAGCACGGAGGAAGGGGUUACCUUUUGCACAGUGGGACGGGCCUACAGUGGUUGCAUGGCUAGAGUUGUGGCUGGGAAUGCCUGCUUGGUAUGUCGCAGCUUGCCGUGCAAAUGUGAAAAGUGGUGCUAUUAUGUCUGCCUUGUCUGAUACGGAAAUUCAGAGAGAAAUUGGAAUCAGCAACCCCCUCCAUCGUCUAAAGCUCCGUCUGGCAAUCCAAGAAAUGGUAUCUCUCACAAGUCCAUCAGCCCCUCCAACAUCUAGAACGCCCUCAGGCAAUGUUUGGGUGACCCAUGAAGAAAUGGAAAAUCUUGCAGCUCCAGCCAAAGCGAAAGAGAAUGAGGAAGGCAGCUGGGCUCAGACCCUGGCUUAUGGAGACAUGAACCAUGAAUGGAUUGGUAAUGAAUGGCUUCCCAGUCUGGGACUACCACAGUAUCGAAGUUACUUCAUGGAGUGUUUGGUAGAUGCUAGGAUGUUAGAUCAUCUGACGAAGAAAGAUCUCCGUGUACACUUGAAAAUGGUGGAUAGCUUUCAUCGAACAAGUCUGCAGUAUGGGAUCAUGUGUUUAAAGAAACUGAAUUAUGACAGGAAAGAACUAGAAAGAAGAAGAGAAGCGAGUCAGCACGAAAUUAAAGAUGUGCUGGUAUGGAGUAAUGACAGAGUAAUACGCUGGAUUCAAGCUAUUGGGUUACGAGAAUAUGCAAACAAUGUAUUAGAAAGUGGUGUGCAUGGAUCGCUUAUAGGCCUGGAUGAUAACUUUGAUUACAGCAGUUUAGCUUUAUUGUUGCAGAUUCCAACACAGAACACACAGGCACGGCAAAUCCUUGAAAGAGAAUACAAUAAUCUAUUGGCACUAGGAACAGAUAGACGACUUGAUGAAAGUGAUGACAAGAAUUAUAGACGCGGUUCUUCCUGGCGACGACAGUUUCCUCCACGUGAAGUCCAUGGAAUCAGCAUGAUGCCUGGUUCUUCUGAAACACUGCCAGCUGGAUUCAGGUUAACUACAACAUCAGGACAGUCACGGAAAAUGGCAACUGAUGUUGCUUCAGCACGGCUGCAGCGGUUAGACAGUUCUACAGUUCGCACAUAUUCGUGCUGACAAGGCUAGCAUGGAAAAGAGUGCUGAACUGAACUAAUGGAGCACAUUCCACAGUCCAGGAUCAGCUACAGAGAAGGCCCGCCUCUGGGUCGCCACCAGACGAGCUGGUGGCAACUGCAGCCGGACCUCCUCAGAUGAUCUUAGCAUGCAGUGGGGAUCAGACCGAAGAAGGUGCUCUCUAAGGUAACCUGGACCUAAGCCGUUCAGGGCUUUAAAGGUAAUAACCAGCACUUUGUAUUUUGCUCGGAAACGUAUCGGCAGCUAGUGCAGCUGUUCAAAACAGGCAUAAUAUGGUCUCUCCGGGUUGCCCCAGAGACCAGCCUUGCUGCCGCAUUUUGAACUAACUGAAGUUUCUGAACUAUGUACAAAGGCAGCCCCACAUAGAGCGCAUUACAGUAGUCAAGCCUGGAGGUUACCAGCUGGUGCACCACUGUUCUGAGGUCAUCCUCCUCUAGGAAUGGACACAGCUGUCGAAUCAGCCUAAGCUGAUAAAAAGCACUCCUGGCCACAGCCUCCACCUGAGAUACCAGAGUGAGGCCUGGAUCCAGGAGUACCCCCAAGCUGCGUACCUGCUCCUUCCGGGGGAGUGUAACACCAUCCAGCACAGAGAGAUCUAACUCAUCCCUCAGAUUCUGAGCCCCUACAAUGAGCACCUCUGUCUUGCAUGCAUUCCGUUAUUCCUCAUCCAGCCCAUUACUGCCUGUAGGCAGGUAUUUAGGUAAUGAAUGCAAUUUCCUGAUGAAGCAGGUGAAUGAAAGAAGUAGAUUUGGGUGUCAUCAGCAUACUGAUAACACCUAGCACCAAAUCUCCUGAUGACCUCACCCAGGGGUUUCAUGUAGAUAUUGAAAAGCAUUGGUGACAGAAUGGAGCCCUGAGGGACUCCAUAUAACAGCUCUCGUUGAGAAGAGCAACUGUCACCAAGCUCCACCAUCUGGGAUCUGCCCGAGGGAUAGGAGCGGAACUACUGCAGAGCAGUGCCUCCUAUCCCCAACUCCGCCAGGCGACCCAGAAGGAUACCAUGGUCGAUGGUAUCGAACGCCGCCGAGAGAUCCAAGAAAACCAACAGAGUCACACUCCCUGUGUCGAUUCCCUGGUAUAGGUCAUCCAUCAGGCCGACCAAUGCUGUCUCAACCCCAUAGCCCACUCUAAAGCCAGUUUGAAAUGGGUCUAGAUAAUCAGUUUCCUCCAAAACCGCCUGGAGCUGGUCGGCCACCACCCUCUCGAUCACCUUGCCCAACCAAGGGAGAUUAGAGAUUGGCCUAUAACUAUCCAUCGCUGAGAGAUCUAGGGAAGGCUUCUUAAGGAACGGUCUAACUAUCGCCUCCUUCAAGCAUGGAGGCACCUUACCCUCCCUCAGCGAUGCAUUUAUGAUAUUCACCAGGCCUCCUUGAAUAAUCUCCCUGCUAGGUUGAAGCAGCCAAGUCGGGCAAGGGUCCAGAGAACAAGUGGUGGACCGCACAGCUCCAAGCAGCUAUAUAGCUAUAUCUAUUCUAUAUACAAUAAAUUAAUAUAGAAUUUAUUCAACAUUGACAGUUAUUAUUCUAGAGGGGGAAAUGCUACCUGAAUAUUUUUAAAUGCCCUGUAAAAUCACAAAAUCACAUAACAUUAUUAAUUAAAAUAAAAUGAAAUUGCUUCCUAGCAAAUCUCACAUUUUACAUUCUUCCAACUACUCAUUAUCUCCCCACCCCCACUGGAAUAUCUGAUGUAUCAACACUUAAGUGUUUUAUAUUUUGAAGAACAGGCUUCAAAAAAAUAGCAAUCAUGAAGAACAGCAACAUGUCCUGACAUUAUUUAGAGCAGGGUUAAACAACUUCAGCCCCUCCAGCUGUUGGACUACAUCUCCCAUCAGCCACAGCAGCCAAUAGUCAGGGAUGAUGGGAGUUGCAGUCCAACAACAGCUGGAGGGGUGAAGUUCUACAGCCCUUAUUUAGAGCGUCUCUGUAGAUCUACAUUUGCAAGGUAUAUAUGGGGUUUAUGUGGUACAGGUUUGCCAGAUGAACAGCCAGAGACAGUGCCUUGUUUAAGUGCUCUGAGGCACAAAAGGCAGAAUUCAGCCACUGUGCAUUCCAUCCAGUCUCCCAACAGUCUCACUGCCCACCCUAAUCUCCUGCCAGCUUCACUGGAAGCCAUUCCACUAUUAUGAAAUGAGCCUAUGUACAUUAACAAUGUUAAAAAGCUUGUUGGUGAUAUAUACUAUUUUUCUC